AUGUCUUCCGCUCAACAACGUUUGACCCAGGUGGCUUCCCACUUCGGUGGCAAGAAGGGUGUUGCUGCCAUCACCGAGAAACACCCGGAUGAUAUUGUUGUCACAUGCGCUCUGCGUACCGCCCUCACCAAGGGUGGAAAGGGUGCCUUCAAGGAUACUGCUGCUGCCGACCUGCUGGCGGGUGUUUUCAAGGCCGUGAUCGACAAGAGUGGUAUUGAUACUAAGCUCGUUGAUGACGUUGCUGUUGGCUCCGUUCUCGCUCCCGGUGGCGGUGCCACCGAGUUCAGGGCGGCCGCCCUGGUGGCUGGCUUCCCGGAGACGACGUCUGUCAGGAGCUUGAACCGUCAAUGCUCCAGUGGUCUGCAGGCCGUUGUGGAUAUUGCCAAUGCAAUUAAGUCGGGGAUGAUUGACGUGGGCAUCGGUGCGGGUGUGGAGAGCAUGUCCUCUCAAUAUGGUCCCGGUGCGGUGACCGAAUUCUCCGAGCUGCUUGAGAACCACCCCGAAUCGGCCAACUGCAAGGUUCCCAUGGGUGUUCUCUCCGAGCAGAUGGCCAAGGAUAGGAAGGUCACUCGAACCGCCCAGGAUGCCUUCGCUGCUUCCUCCUACCAGAAGGCUGUCAAGGCCCAGAAGGCAGGGCUUUUCGAAGAAGAGAUUGCCCCUCUGCAGGUGAAGUGGACCCACCCUAAGACCGGCGAGGAGAAGACCAUCACGGUCAAGGCCGACGAUGGCAUCCGUGAGGGCAUGACUCCCGAGUCCCUCGGUAAGAUCCGCCCUGCCUUCGCCAAGGAUGGUUCGAUCCAUGCCGGCAACGCAUCCCAGAUCUCCGACGGCGCCGCCGCUGUCUUGUUGAUGAAGCGAUCGACUGCCGAGCGCCUGGGCCAGAAGAUCAUUGGUAAAUAUGUGACUGCCAGUGUGGUGGGCGUGAAGCCCCUGCUCAUGGGUAUUGGGCCCUGGAAGGCCAUCCCCGUGGCUCUUGAGAAGGCCGGCAUCACUAAGGAUGAUGUGGACAUCUACGAGAUCAACGAGGCCUUCGCGUCUCAGUGUGUGUGGUGUGUCAAUGAGCUGGGCCUGCCCCAGGAGAAGAUCAACCCCAAGGGAGGUGCCAUUGCUUUUGGACACCCUCUUGGCUGCACGGGUUCGCGCCAGGUCAGCACGUUGCUGACAGAGCUGAAGCGCACCAACAAGAAGAUCGGUGUCACCAGCAUGUGCGUUGGCACCGGUAUGGGUAUGGCUGCUGUCUGGGUUCGCGAGUAG